CAAGUUUUCGCUGAGUGCUCUGGUCCCCCUCUCUGGCUCUCUCUCUCCUGAUCUUUUUCUCAUCUGGCUACAUUGGCGUGUUCUUGGUAGUGAGCCAUGACACUGUUGAAGAUGAAAUUCACCCAGCAAAGGCGGGUGCGCCUCGCCCAGGGACUGUGGCUGCUGUCCUGGUUGGCAGUGAUGGGCGGCACCUUCAUUUUUUGUCUGGGAGUCUACCUAAAGAUAGAGUUGCUCCAUCGGAAUGAGGUGAUGGAAAGCACAGAGAUACACGUGGUACCCAACAUCAUGAUGAUAGCUGGUCUGACCUCCAUCUUCACCAACUGGGUCGCUGGACGUGUGUGUCAGGACUCCCUGGAUGCAAGCCGCUUCCCCCGGUGGAAGGUUCUCCUGCUGGGCUGGUUUGCUGUGGCCACACUCGUCUGCUGUCUGCUCGUCACUGUGGUGGUGCUCAGCUACGCCCUGCAGGGAAGCCUGGAAGAGUCCCUGAAGAUCGGCUUGAGGAAUGGUAUUCGUUUUUAUAAGGACACAGACGUGCCGGGCCGCUGUUUCCAGAAAGAAACCAUUGAUCGUCUGCAGAUGGAGUUUCGCUGUUGUGGCAACAACAACUUCAAAGACUGGUUUGAAGUUCAGUGGGUCAGCAGCCGGUACCUGGACUUCACUUCCAAGGAAGUAAAAGAUCGUAUUCGGAGUAACGUGGACGGCCGUUACCUGCUGGAUGGCGUUCCUUUCAGCUGCUGUAACCCCACCUCCCCUCGGCCCUGCCUACAGUACCGCCUGACAGACAACAGCGCCCACUACAAUUACGAGUACCAAACUGAAGAGCUCAACCUGUACAGCCGCGGCUGCAGGCAGGCGCUCACCGACUACUACAUGGAUCUCAUGAACUCCACGGGUCCUGGUGUGCUGUCCGUCGUGUUAAUCCAGCUCUCCGUGAUCAUGAGCCUGCGGUACCUGCAAACAUCCGUGGAAGCUGCCAUGGCAUUGGAGAACCCAGAAGGGGACAGUGAAGGUUAUCUGCUGGAGAAGGGCUUGAAGGAAACCUUUGAGAACCUCAAGGCCAGUGCCCUCGGCAUGCUUAAAUUUGGUCAGAUUAAUCCUUCCACUGAAGAUUCCCCUGCAGCUCCAGAUGCUGAGAAGGCUGCUGCUGACACCAUCACCGAGAAGGCUGCCAGCCCUACUCCUGCCAGCUAGAAGAAAACAUGACAACAUAUGUGCUGAGGAGGAAGGGGCGCAGGGGGGAGUUGUGUCUCAGGUUUCGUGGCUCUGUGGAUAGAACAUCUUUUGGGUUUGACAUUAGGCUUGACUUAUUUUCUCCAGUGCAGCAGCCGCAGCUCCCUUGCAUAUGGCCAAAAACCCCAUAAGGAAUCUUCUCAGGUCCUGCCCAGACAAACAUCUCCUCUGUGCAGGACUGAAUGAAAGUGUAAUCACCACAGAAUUUUUUUCUAAGGAGAUGUGUAGUUUUCAAUUCUCACUGUACCUAGAGGAGAGUCUAAAUGCAUGUAGUGUAAACUCACACAUCGACACAUUUCACACAUUUCAAAUUGGCAACAUCACAAUCACAAAAGUUCAUCCCAUGUGCACUGUAUUCAUUUUGCAGCUGUAGACUUUUGAAGAAACUGCAAUGAAAUGUAUAGGAACCUGUUAAAAAUGCACAUAAAAUAUAUUAAAGGUAGAUGUUUUUAACUGCUUUGUAGUGUCUGCUUCCUUUUGUACGCGCAGUGUUGGAGUGGUGCAGUUGAACUGGCUGUGGGUUAUCCAAGGUGAGAUGGAUUAAUUGUGAGAGUGUGAUGCCCCAUAUGAAGCUGUCAUCUAGUCUAUUCUGGUAGCUCUGCAACAAUCUGAUAAUCCUGGUGUAGUUAAUCCCAGAACUGCUGCACAAGCAGUAUCACCCCACAGCGCCA